AUGGCACAAAAGCUCUCGGUGACAGACGACAAGGGAGUGUCGAACAUCCCAGUGGUCUCAGAGACGCAAGGUGAUACUACGAUCCAUGUUGUCCCUCGUGGUGAAGAAAUUGCAGAUGUCUCUUCCUUCGAGAACGAGAUCGUCGGCUACGACGCUGAACGCAUGAGGGCUCGCACUCUCCUGACUGAGGCAGAAGAGGCGAGGCUCAUGCGUAGAGUUGACAUGCACCUCAUGCCGCUGUGCAGUAUUAUGUUCCUACUCAAGAAUAUGGACUACCAGAAUGCGGCCAAUGCUCGAAUCAUGAACAAGGGGACUGACCACAACAUACUGACGCAACUCCAUAUGAGCUCGAACGAUUACAAUUUCAUAUCUACUAUUUACUAUAUACCUUAUAUCAUCUUCGAGGCUCCAAGCAAUUUAUUCAUCAAGAAGAUGCUUCCUUCCCGAUGGCAGUCCAGGAUUGUGGUCUCUUGGGGCAUUGCGAUCGCCUGCCAUGCUGCAGUUACGAGCAAGGCCGGAUUGUAUACAGCUCGUUUCUUCCUAGGAAUGUGUGAAGCAGGUAUGUUUCCGGGCGUGUUACUGCAAAUGGUGUAUUGGUACCGUCCCGACGAGAUGUCGAUUCGUCUCCUCUACUUUUACGCGCUGGGAAACUUCUCCAACGUCAUCAGUGGUGUGUUGGCCUACGCUUUCGACACGAUCUCUGGUAGAUAUGGACUCUCUGGAUGGCAAUGGCUCUUCCUCGUCGAGGGUGUGACCACAAUUGCAUUCGGCAUUUCACUAUUCUUCAUCUUGCCAGACUUCCCCAAGCAAGCCAAGUGGCUCAGCGAGAAGGAAAAGGCAUUCAUCCAAGCCCGCUUGCCCGCCAACGCGCCUCGAGCGGAAGAACUUAAUUUCAGCUUCCGGGAAAUUGUCACGGCAUUGAAGGACAAAAGGAUGUGGCUGUUUACGCUGGUUUGGGCUACGAUGACUGUUGGCACGACGGGUUUGACGUUCUAUCAGCCAACUGUCAUUGCGAAUUUGGGAUUUACGUCAAUUGCGAAAAGUCAACUCCUCAAUAUCCCUACUUCAUUUCUCUCCAUCAUGAUAAUCGCUAUCUCGGGAUACUUCGCGGACAGUGCCUGGCUGCCUCGCCCUAUAAUCCCGUUGGGCUUCCUGGUAUCAAUUCUGGCGUGCUACAGCGUGCUAUACACCUUUCCUAACAACGGCGGCGUCUACGCAGCAACCGUCCUAGCCAACUCCUUUGCGCAGAGCUGGUACCCGCUGAUGUGGCCGUGGCGAGUCCAAACCACCUCUCGCGCAACGGGUUCCGCGUUCGCCAUCGGAUUUGUCAAUAGCUACGGUCAAAUUGGGGGGGCGGUUGGACCGCAGAUCUUCCAGUCCAAAUAUGCACCAUACUAUACCGUGUCAUUCGCCAUUGCUAUGGCGAUUAUCGGCGGAUGUAUCCUGGUCACCUGUAUUACGUGGUGGGUAACUAGGCAGACAGAACGGCAGACGAGGAGAAUCAAGAAGCUGCGCAUGAAAGCGGCGAAGAGGGGUGAGUCAGUGUUGGACGAUGUGGACGCGGAUGCCGAUGUGAAGAGGAUAGAGGAGGUGCGCGAGGCAGCGUAG